GAUGCAUUGCUCGUCCAACGGCUUCAGUCAAUUCAAGUAUCAGCGCACCGCCGGUGUGCGUGUGUGUUCCAGCGUGAACGUGUGUGUUCUCUGGUUGUUAUUGAGCCGCUUUUCAGGGACCUGUUGGUUGCGGAACGAACCGAUUCCUGAACCGAUCCAUACCGGUGCGUUCAAGCGGUCGAAGACUCGAGUUUUGGCCUCAUGCUUCGGAAUGUUUUCCGGCCUGUAACGGGAAGCAGAAGGUUUAGGCGCCAGAAUCGUAGCUUUACUGAGGCGGACAAGCAACAAACACAAACACUGUUGUUGAAUGGAUUUGGAUUCUGGACGAAACGAAUCAGGAGCGAUGGGAGAAUCUAUGCAGCCGGCAACACCGAGUCGGCACGAGAAAAGCCUCGGAUUAUUAACCACUAAGUUUGUCACACUGCUGCAGGAAGCCAAGGAUGGAGUGCUGGACCUUAAAGCUGCUGCUGAUACGCUGGCCGUACGGCAGAAGCGGCGGAUUUACGACAUCACCAACGUUCUUGAAGGCAUCGGGCUGAUCGAGAAGAAAUCAAAGAACAGCAUUCAGUGGAAAGGCGUAGGUCCCGGCUGCAACACGAGAGAGAUUGCCGAUAAGCUGAUCGAUCUGAAGUUGGAGCUGGAAGAUCUGGACAGGAGAGAACUUGAGCUGGACCAGCAGAGGGUCUGGGUGCAGCAGAGCAUCAAAAACGUGACCGACGACUCACAGAACAGCCCUCUGGCCUACGUGACGCAUCAAGACCUCUGCAACUGCUUUAAAGGUGACACUCUGCUAGCGAUCCGAGCUCCUUCAGGCACACAGCUGGAAGUGCCGAUCCCGGAGUCUGUUGUAAACGGACAAAAGAAGUACCAGAUCCAUUUGAAAAGUUCCUCAGGCCCGAUCGACGUUCUCCUGGUCAACAAGGACCCGGCCAGCGCCUCUCCGGUCGUGUUACCUGUUCCCCCUCCUGAGGACAUGCUGCAGAGUCUCCCAGCAUCCUCGGCCUCCGCUCCGUCUGCACCCGUCGCAGUCGCGCCCACCAAACCUGCAGGCAUCAGUACAACAUGUACACCUGUAAACAUCCAGAGGUCCACAAACACGGCCGCUACAGAAGCCCACAGCACGACCCCCUCAGACACACCGACCAAUCAGAAUCCAACAGAGGACAGCCAGCAACUUCAGUCCUCAGCCUCGUUGGACAGCAGCUCAUCGCUUCCAGAGUCCUCGGCCGUGUUUGAACCGAUCAAAGCGGAUCCCUCCGAGCUGCUGGAUCUCCCCAAAGAACUUUCAGAAAUGUUUGAUCCUACAAAAGAAAUCAUGAGUGCAGAUCUCCUGGAAGAGCUCAUGUCAUCAGAAGUUUUCUCUCCACUCCUCCGUCUCUCACCACCUCCGGGCGACCACGACUACAUCUACAACCUGGACGAGACCGAGGGACUGUGCGACCUCUUCGACGUCCCUAUCGCCAACCUUUGACCUCCACACGCACGCGAUCAGCGUCGCGUCCCCGUAUUUAACAAAAAAGAAGCCCGUCUUUCAUUCCGAAAGGCCGAGCUGCAUUUUAGAUCCAUGUGAAUAAGCUGAUUUUAUGUGUGUGUAUAUAUAGAGUUGUACGUUUUGUUUCGUUCUUGUUCUUUCUUUUUUUUUUUUUUGUAAUAUCCUUUUACUCAAAGCUGCGAUCUACUGAAAAGUGGCACAGAAGGUUCCCGCGCUUCACUCUGUGCCUGACACAAAGCUUCACCCGUGAACACAGGAUCCCGGCUUCCUGACCUAGGAUGAAGGCAUUGUUUUGGGACUUUGAUCAAAUACACAAUCAGGAACACCAGCAGGAACACCAGCUCUACUCCCUGACCUGUCUUUUUAUUUUUUUAUUUUUGUUUAAAACCGGCCUCCUUUUUGCUGUAUAGGUUUCUAGAUUUUCUUUCCCCCAGUCGCCACCGUUCCCAUCACGUCCGUCUUGUAAGCCAUUUUAACAACCUCGCCUUAUCAUAAAGGCACACCUGAAUCUGUUUUAUGUCAGUAGUGCACAUCAGAUAUUAUACAGCAUCUUUUUUCUAAUUCAAAUUAUUACAGAUCUGGAAGCACAUUCGACUCCUGAGAAACUCCUCGGCGUUUAUAAUUAACUCGAUAAUCCGUGACACAAACACGUCACAUCGGUAUUCCCACAUUUCAUCAUUACAUUACAUCAGACGUUACCCACAAUUCCAUUCUGCCUGUUAAUCCUGGCGCUGCUUCCGACACCACAAUGCUUUUUUUUAUUUUUUAUAUUUUUUGACUCCAUCACCACAUUUACAUUUAUUCAUGUCACAAAAAAAUGUCUUUCAUCCAAAGCAGCUGAAGGUCGACGGCCUUCGCUCAAAGACUCAGCGACGUCUCAGCAGUUCCUCUCACGACCCUUUGGUCUUUCAGCGAGAAUUGUGACUUUUUAUCUUUAUUUUUUUUUUUUUGUUCGUUUCUUAUCCGGACUUCAUGAAUUAGCUUUUAGCCCAGAACUAACUCCGGACUUUGACGCACGUCCGUCAGAUUAUAUGUAUUAAUUCUGCCGACACAUUUCGUGCAUAAACCGUUCCUCAUCUGUUCUUCAUUCGCUCGUAUAUAUGUAUAUGUAUUUCCAGUCAUCGUAGCUAAAAUGUUUGUGUACGCUCACGACUUAUGUAAAGAAGGACAGCGCCACGUCUUCGUCUUCUCCGUCUGUAAACGGUCCAUCACGUCUCCUCUGGGACCGAAUCGUUCCCUAUUUUUAAAAAGAAAAAAAAAAUUUAUCGCUUUUAGCCGAAGGAUAUUUUUAUGGUUGUACACGUCAUUAUUUUUGUACAGGAUAGUUAGACAGACGAAUACGGCAUUCACAAAGCAGAUGACGACUUUUUCCUCCUCCGACGACGACGCGGUCACCUCCACAUUCGCACUUUAAGGCAGUACGAUCACUCGGGUUUCAUUCGUCCACUUCUUUCUGCUGGACGGAGAGCUUCAGUUCAAGUCCAGGGAAAUUUCUACAGCCUUCAGUUUUCUUCUGUCUCGACGCCAUCCGCUGAGGUGAUUUGUAACGGAGUCGCCUGCUGGCUUUUCUGUGAAAGAAAUAAACAACAGUUUUGUAA